GACAGCUUCGGACACCUUCGGUGCACCGAAUACUGUGGUUCCACGAUAGGUACUCCGAACAGGUUCGGUGGACAGCUCCGAGGCAGUUGCAGAUAUAAGGCAUCCUGGUAUGGAAACCAAUCCACGACCACGACACGCUCAUCCGUUACUGCCAUAACACGGAACUGUUAGGAAAAUCUACGACAAUGCAGAUUCCAUCACCCCCAGCUUCGCCCUCCAAUAAGGUCCAGGGCAAGGUCGAUCAAAACACCAUCAGGCGACGAGGUGUUGGUCUAAUAGCCUCAGAUCCGGAACGCGUGACACGCGGCUACCUGCUCGUCGCACCCUUGACCAGCAAUUGCGUCUACCUAAUUGACACAAAUGGUGACGUCGCACAUAAGUGGACGUUACCAUAUCGCACCGGCAGACAUGCACGCAUCCUACCGAACGGCAAUCUCGCAAUUAACAGUAUCGACCCGAAUGGUCCUCGACCUUUCUUCUUCUUCUGGAAGUACGGUGGUGGCAUCAUGUCUGAGCUGAGCCAUGACGGAAGCAUCGUACGACAGCAUCGUGAUCCGUAUGCCCACCACGACGCUUAUCAUUAUGGAGAUGGUCGCAUCUUAUAUACCCGGAUGGAGCAGCUUUCCGAAGCAGACUCGGCAGCCGUUCAGGGUGGGGUUCCGGGAACCGAAGCGGACGAUGGACGGGUGUGGGCAGACGUUGCUCGUGAGGUGGAUGCCGACGGGCGAGUGACUUGGGAGUGGAAAGUCAACGACCACCUCGACAAGCAUCGGUUUGCGGUACAGCCACAUUACCCAAGAGAGCACUGGCCGCUCAUCAACUCGAUUUAUCCGUUGAAGGAUGGCAACAUCCUGAUGUCGAUGCGCUCCAUCUCCGCGGUCAUCAUAGUCCACCGUGCAACCGGAGAAGUGAUUUGGCAUCUCGACAGCACAGUAGUAGCUCAACAGCACAACGCCACCGAACUACCGAAUGGCAACAUCUUGCUUUUCGACAACGGGGCGUUCCGAUACCGGGAAUCAUUCCAGUUCUCCCGCGUCAUUGAGGUCGACCGGCAGACGAAGGAGAUCGUCUGGCAGUGGCGUGAUCAGGCGCCGGAGCGCUUCUAUUCUCCAUUCAUGGGCAGCGCACAACGGCUCGAGUCCUCUGGUCACACGCUGGUAUGUGAGAGUGCUUUCGGUCGGGUUUUCGAGAUUGAUGAAGCCGGCGAGGUAUGCUGGGAGUGGAUCAACCCCUUCUUCCAACGGUACUCCGAGCGCCCGCUGCUGGACGUCUUCGGGUCUGAGUCCAAUGCUAUGUUUAGAGCGUACAAGUACAUGCCGGAAGAGAUUCCAUGGCUGCGAUGAUUCUGGGGUAGUA